AUGUUGAACGUCAGUGAGCAGCCUCUUCAGUUCCUGCCCUCCAGGGCCUCGGACCGUCUCCUGCAGCCGUUCUGGGAUUAUUUACUUCUUCACUACCGGCCUCUCAUGUCGUCUCCUUUUUUCCCCGUCCUGCUCGCCUUUUCCAGCUACACCUUCUUCAGUAUACCCUUUGCUAUACUGGACGUCUUGGGGGAAAGGGUGCCUUUGUUCCACCAGUACAAGAUCCAAGCAGACAGGAAGCCAACACUGGGAAUGAUGGCUCGGAGCUUCUCCACAGCAAUGUACAACCACAUCUUCUUUGUUCUGCCUGCUGUAAUCAUAAGCAUGUUCUUCAUGAGUCCACCACCACUGCCCCCACAGGCUCCAACGCUGUAUGAGCUUUGUAUCGACGGACUGGCUGCACUCCUCCUAUUUGACACUCAGUAUUUUAUUUGGCAUUUCGCACAUCACAAGCACCCGCAGCUUUACCGCUGGAUUCACGCGAUACACCAUGAAUACAUCGCACCUUUCUCCUGGUCGACCGAGCACCUCAGCAUCCCAGAACUGAUGACGGUGGGACUCUGGAGCAAUCAGGACCCGAUUAUUUUAAGAUGCCACCCGCUGACCACGUGGUCCGUCACCAUUUUCAGUCUCUGGAUGUCCGUAGAGGACCACAUAGGCUAUGACCUGCCGUGGACCCUCAACCACCUGGUGCCUUUUGGUCUGCUGGGUGGUGCACCAGCUCACGACAUGCACCACCAGAAGCCAAACACUAACUUUGCUCCUUUCUUCAGCCACUGGGACAGAAUUUUUGGCACCGCUGUCCCAUUGAAGAAAAAAAUGAUAAAAAGAUAAUUUUUUGCUCUUUUUUUGUGAGUUUGCCACAUUGUUCUUUGCUCUGUCAUGUUCUUUGCCUUUUGUUAAGUUCCUUAUUUUUCACUUUCUGCCUCCCUGCUGGUGUUUUUUUUUUUGGCAGCUUUUUAAACGUAUUAACAAUGUUAG